AUGCCAAUGGUAAUAAAAAAAAUGCAGGAUGGGGAUGAGAUGAUAGUUCUAAAUGUAAUGAGAUUUGAAAGGAAUGCGAAUGAGAUACGAAAGUGCAUUGACAAACCGUUAGUAGUCAUGCUUGGUAAAGGACAGGAUGUGGCAGAGUUCCGAAUCAAUUCUGCGGUGUUUGUAUACUUGCUUGGAUAUGAAUUUCCUGAGACUGUGCUGGUGAUUGGAGAAAGAUGUGUGGCGAUUACAAGCCAGAAGAUAGCGGAGAUUCUGAGACAAGUUGAUGGCCUUGAGGUGAUUGUGCGUGGUAAGGAGAGCUCUGUAAUAGAGCAGAUACGAAGAGUACUUAAAGGACAUUGCUAUGUAAUUGGAGCCGAUGGGAUUGAAGGAGAAUUCUGCAGAGAUGUUCUUGAUAAUUUGGAGUGGGAGGAUGCAGGAAAGAGGCUCGAUGAUUUUUUUAUCACAAAAGAUGAGAUUGAGAUCGAGAAGUGCAAAGCAGCAGGACAGGCAGUGUCUAUGCUGUUGAAGAGAGCAUUGGAAAUGUUAUGGGAUAGAAGGUUUGACAUGAAGAAGCUAGAAGAGGCAAUGACUGGAGAAGAAGAAGGAUUUGAUAUGAGCAAGGCCGAGUUUUCAUUCCCAGUGGAGUAUGACAGUGGAAGUGUCAGGAUUGGAAUAAGGCUGGACGGGUAUUGCAGUGAGGCAAGUAGAACGAUAGUAGUGAACAUGGACGAAAUGUAUGAGGCACAGGAGUUUAUUAUUAACAUUAUAAGACCGGGAGUCAGCUCUGCAGAUGUGUACUCUGAGGCACUUGAAUACUUUGAAUCCAAGAGCAUAUGCUUUGGAAAUAAGUUUGUUUAUACUAUUGGGCUAUUGAGUAGUGAAAGAGGAUUUGAAGAAGGAUUUAUGCUGAACAAAGGAUGUGUGUUUGUAGUGAGCCUGAGGAGUGAGGGUAAGAUUCUAUCGAAUACAUUUGUUUUGAGGGAUGUGCCUGAGUAUCUGACAUCGAAAGACACAGCAUUUGAGUUUGUGAAGAAGCGAUCAAGGUUUAGAAAUAAGACGAAGGAGUAUGAGCUUGGGAUGAGAAGACGCGAGCAUCAGAACGAGCUUCUUGAUGAGCUGAUUGAGGAACGUCUUCAGUACUACAGAGGGUUUGAGGAAGAAGAAGGUGCUGAAGAUGAUGUAAAUAACAGAGAAGUUUGCUAUACCAAGGAGAGUCAAGUUCCAAGACAUGGGAGAAUAGUGGUUGAUCACUUGAAAGAGGCCGUUAUUAUUCCUAUUGGGAGUUAUGCAGUACCAUUCCAUGUGUCUGAUAUUAAGAGUGUAGCAGUGACAGACUCAAAAGGUUUACGAAUUAACUUCAAGUCUGACUCAAAGACUAAUGACGGCUCAACUGAUGAGGAAGAGAGUAUGAAGAAUGUUCUGAGCCAGAUAAAGUCAAUAAGCAUUAAUGGAGGAAACUCCAAGGAGUAUGCAGACGAGAUCAACAGUCUUAGAAAGGCACAUCUUACAAAAGGAUGCGAUAUUAAGGAAGAAGUGCCGUGUGAAUUAGUUAUUUCACAGAAGCCAUUUGUACUGAGCGAUGUAUACAUGAGAACGGAUGCCAAGGCAGGAAGUAGGAAGAAACACACUGGAGAUCUUGAAGUCCAUGCAAAUGGAUUCAGAUAUGGAGAAGUGGUGAUUUUAUUUGCGAAUAUCAGACAUGUGUUUUUCUGUGAGGGUGAAAUUGAGAACAGCACGAUUCUUCAUUUCCAUCUGAACAUAUCACUCAUAGCAGGAGAAAAGAUAUUUAAUGUGCAGUUCUAUCAAGAUGCCAGCAGCAACCUUGUGCAUGACACUAUGAAGAGAGGCGACGAGCAUAUGGAAUACAUAAUUGAGAAGGAGGAAGAGCAGAGGCAAGAGAUGCUGAAUACAAGGUUUAUGGAGUUUGUAAGAAAGAUGGAGGUUGAGACACCGAUAAAAGUACAAAUACCGCACGAUGGAUUCAGUGGAGUGCCAUUCAAGGAGAAUGUGAUGAUUAAACAAACACACGAGUGUCUUGUGAGUGUUGAGGAGGCACCUUAUUUUGUUCUGAGCCUUGAGGACAUUGAGGUGGUGAAUUUUGAAAGAGUGGUGUCUACGGUGAAGACAGUUGAUGUGCUUUUUAUUCUUAAAAAUAAAUAUCCGGUGCAUGCAGUGAUGAAGAAUAAGUUAAGGCUGCUUGUGAGCAUACAGAGUGUGGAUGUGCAGAGUGUGGAUAAACUCAAGGAGUACCUGGACUUGAAUAAUGUGCUGUUUAUGGAGACAUCGGUAAGCAUUCGAUGGACGAAUGUGAUUGCAAGCAUUAUGAAGGAUCCUAUAUCAUUUUAUGAGGAUGGGGCAUGGUCUGGGCUAAUGGUUGGAGACAAUGAGGAGCCUGAGGAAGACAGUGAGGUAUCUGAGGAGUCGAGUGUUUCUGAAUCUGAAAGCAUUGUCACAGACGAUGAUGACGAAGUGUCCAGUGAUGUAUCCAGUGAGGAGCCUGAUGAGAGUGAGGAUUACGAGAGCGAUGAUAGUGAAGAUAUUAAUGAAAGUGAUGACGAAAGCUAUGAGAACGAUGAGCCCAAAAGGAAGCGGCGUAAUUAA